GCGAGGAGGAGGAGGACCGGGGACUGGUGCCCACUCUUUCCAGAGCGCACGGACCUGUCUUCGUGCACGAUGAGCUCCUUCAGCACGAGGGCACUCACGCUGCUCUCCACGUUUUUCGGGGCCUGCAGUUUGCUGCUGGUGGGCGUGGCCGUGUCGACGGACUACUGGCUGCUGAUGGAGGAGGGAAUUGUCCUGCAGCAGAACCAGACCACCGAGGUCAAGAUGGCGCUGCACUCCGGGCUGUGGAGGGUCUGCUUCGUGGCAGGACCUGAGAAUGGCCGAUGUGUGGCCUCGGAAUAUUUCACCGAACCAGAGGUCGAGAUCACGACAGAAAAUACAGCAAACAUACUCAAAAUGGUUCGAACAGCAACGCCCUUCCCCAUGGUGUCGCUGCUCUUUGUCUUCACUGCCUUCAUCAUCAGUAACAUCGGACACAUCCGGCCACAGCGCACCAUCUUGGCCUUCGUUUCUGGAAUAUUCUUCAUAUUGUCAGGUCUGAGUCUGGUGGUCGGUCUGGUUUUGUACAUCUCCAGUAUCAACGACGAGGUGAUGAACCGACCCAGAGAACCCGAGCUGUUCUUCCACUACCACUACGGUUGGUCCUUCGCCUUCGCCGCCUCCUCCUUCCUGCUGAAAGAAGGGGCAGGAGUGAUGUCCGUCUACCUCUUCAUGAAACGUUAUGCUGAGGAGGAGUUAUACCGGCCACACCCUGCCCUCUACCGCCCUCGCAUGUCGGAUUGCAGUGACUACAGUGGGCAAUUCCUCCAUCCGGACUCCUGGCCCCCGCCACAGCGCGGUCGCAGCCCCUCCGAUGUCUCCUCUGACAUCUCCAUCCAGCUCAACGAAACGCCACCCUCGAACCAGCCUCCCAAAGGGUGCAAUAGUUCCCAGGCGACGCCGUCUUCCUCUGGGCCGUCGUCAGCGGCCAGCUAUCAGCUCCAGCCAGCCUCCUCCUCUUCCACCUCUUCUUCCUACCCCCACUCCUCCUCCACGCCACAUCCGCUGCACGCAACUGCCACCCUGCCCAGAGUCUCUCACACUCCCUCCCACCCUCACCCGAGCGGACCACCAUCGCAAUCCCUGCCCAUGGCCACACCGCCGUCGGCCGUUCCUCCCCCUCGUUACCACACUCUAAUGCGAAUGGGCGCCUCGCCAUGUUAAGCUAUGUGUGGGGGCUGGUGAUGGGGGGCUGGGGAGGUUAAAUUGGCUCUUUUAAACAUCUGACACACAACAGAACAACACACACACAAACGCAAAUUCUGUAGCAUUGAAGUGUUUGAGAGGAAGAAUACAGCAGAGUAGAAGAAGAAGAAGGCAGGAGGUUUAAGGAGAUCAAAAAGAGGAGAGAAGAGGGGAGGCGGGGAAGGUGGGCAGAGGGAUGACUCACCGCUGAUUCCCGGCUCGAGAUGAAGACAGACACUUAACAAAACUUUUAACGUGGUGGGAGAGGAUGAUGGAGGGAAAUGACGAUUAGUAGCAACAAGACAUUUGCAGGGUUUCUGGCAGAUGCGUUUAACAUCAGGAC